CACUGCCCAAGUGCCCCCACCUCCGAUGCAGAAUCCGACGCGAUCACACCUGGCCCAAUCACUCCUCCCCGUCCCGCCGCCCUAUCCUCCUCUUCUCCGCGCCGUCGCCUUGCCCCACCCCGCCUUAUCCUCGCCACGCUACCAACCGUUAAACCCAUCCACCUCACUCUCCUCCUUCGCCACGCUCACCAAAGUUUACAGCUUGGUUUACGCUCGCACGAAGCUCCUCGAGCUCUCCUCGGCAAUGGAGGAGCUCCUUCUGCGCCACGCCAGCCUCCCGAGGCUGGCGGCGCCGCGCUGGCGACUCCGCAUCGUCGCCGUCGCGCUGCGGACCAGGCCGACCAGCCUCGCCGUUCCAGGGCUCCCGCCCGCGCCGGCGCCAGCGCCGGAGCGCGUGCUGCCGUUGCCGCCCGUGGCAGCGGACGCCGCGGCGGUGCUGCUUGCGGCGGGUGUGCCGCCUGCGGACCUCCGGCGCGCCGCGGGGAUGUGCCCGGAGCUUCUGUCUGUGCCCGUGGAGACAAUCGCGGCCGCACUCCGUUUCCUGACGGAGGAGGCGGGGGUUCCGGCGGAGGAUAUCCCGCGCGUGUUGCGGCGGCGCCCGCGCCUCCUCGUGUCCCCCGUCGCGGUCCGGCUCCGGCCGACGCUCUACUUUCUGCGCGCACUCGGCGUGCCGGACCUGCACCGCCGCGCCGACCUCCUUUCCUUCUCCGUGGAGGACAAGCUGCUCCCGCGGAUCGAGUUCCUCGAGUCGCUGGGCCUCCCGUCACGCGCCGCGCGCUCCAUGGCGCGCCGCUUCCCGGCGCUCUUCUGCUACGGCGUCGAUGGGAACAUGCGGCCCAAGGCGGAGUACCUCUUGGGCGCCAUGGGCCGCGACGCUGACGAGCUAUUCGAGUUCCCGGAGUACUUCUCCUACGCGCUCACCACGCGCAUCGCGCCGCGCCACGAGGCGUGCGCGGCCCGUGAAGUGAGGCUGCCGCUGCCCGCCAUGCUCCGCCCCGGGGAGGCCAAGUUCCGCGCCACACUCGCGGGCUGCGUCGGGUCCACGCCGCCGCGGCGGCGAUCGCCACUGUGGCACGCCACGUGGGUGGACGCCGACGCCGACGCCGGCACGGUGGGGAAGGAGGCCACGGUGUGACGCCGCCGAUCGUGCGCGUGCGACAUGCGCAUUGGUAGGGAGGGGUUCUUGGUGGUGUAACAUGUGCAUACGGAUUGACAUUGGCUGCUUGUAAGUAUCAAAUUAUACCAUGAAUCUAGUUGGUUUUAUUGCUGCCGUGAAGCCAAGGGAUUGUCUACCUGUGCAUAAGUGUUGUGAA